GGAGUUGCCGAGGCGCCCAACGUGCCAGCGCAGGGGAUGAAGUGCUUGGGGCUGUGGCUCGAGAACGCCGAUCACACGAAUGACAAGCUCGAGGAAGUGUGGAACCAGGCUCAGACUAAGGAGAAGGCCGUCGUCCUCGGCAAGCCCGACGUCCAAGGCGACUUGAGCCGCGACCCCGUCGGGUCCACGUCGUUGUUCGACCUGCCCAUCAAGCAAUGGAUCUACAAGCCGAGGCAAUACAUUAGGCACGUUGUCGACGUGAUCACGGACACCGCUGGCUUGGACGCCGUGGACGAGCUGUCUUGCACGCUGAACAUCGCGAUUUGCAAGCAUCCCUCACAACCAGGGUCACGCGUCAUUGUGAAGCACUUUUCGUUUCUCGGAAAUGGCCGCGCCAUGUGCACGGUCAAGGAGAAACUCAUCCAGGGCGACCCUUGCACGAUCGAUUACAAGCCAGAUACGUUCAACAGUUCGAGCGCAAAAGGUUCGCUGAGCGUGCCUCUCGGAGACGGCGACGUGGUGCAGAAGAAGAAGGAGCCCGCCGACGCGAUGCAGCACGUCAAAGACGAGGCGCCGCGCACGAAUUGGGACGGCGAGCAGUUGUUAUGGGUGGAGCAGGAAUACGUCGACCCAGCUUCCCCGCUCCAACACGUGAAGAAGGAGUUCGUUUGCAAGGUCCUCCAGAUUCUCAAGGACCGCGACCACGUCGCGGCCAAGGAGACGCACUACCCCCUGUUGAAGGGGGACAUUCGGCCCGAGUACCAGCCCGUCGUUGACAAGAUCACCCGCGCGCUUCUCGGCAGCACCGUCCUCCUGAUUGGCGAGGCCAAGUUCGGGAAGACCCCUCUGAUGUAUAUUAUGGCCAUGGCGCUGGCCAGGCACCAUGCAGACUGCGCGAACGAGGCGCGCGGCCGCUCGAUUGCCGUCCCAGCAGUGCGCGUGGCUUCCGAGAUGGACUUCUUCAGGGGAGAGGUCAGAGGGAUUUGCAGACUAGGGCCAUUGCACUUCCGCACCUUGGUCGGAAGCGCAAUCCUGUUUCGUCAGAGCCCUCUGGAGGUCGGAGAGACGUGGGCCCCCUGCGUCUUCGGCGACGGGGACCUGGCUGACCAGAGGCCCCGCGUGCUGAAGGCGUUCUUCGACCCAACCCAGGUCGAGUCAAAUGUAUACGUCCGUUGGGGCGCGGCUAAAUUCAAAAGGAACCAAGCGAGGUUCGGCGGCGACAACGAGUAUGAUGCCGCUGCGGAGCCGACGCCGACUGAUUGGGCCUUCGCCGCGACUGCAAGGGACAAGGAGACCCGCACUACGUCCUACCUCGUCGAGAUGGUCAAGCCCGCGUUCCCAAAGAACCUCUCCCUGAACAACAUUGGCGCCAUGCUCAAACGUUGCAACAUCCUUCUCAACACGACGCAGAACGUUUACUUCCGCCCAGCGGGCACGCUCGCGUUCGUUGAGAAGCUGCCUCUCAAGGACGGCUACAUCACGCCUGAGGCGGGCACGUGCCUCCAGAACUUCUUGCGGAACAACGUGCGGCGCAACCAGGAGGACUUCGACAACCUCUUGGCUUUCGAGAAGCGCGACAUGUUGAAGCUCAUGAGGGAGGCCAAAGCGCAGUAUAACCAGGGCGGGGCCGAACCCGCCGAGGAGCCCGCCGCGGAGCCCGCCGCGGUUUCGCCGCAGCCCGCUGCGCCGCCCAAUCCCGAUGGGGAAGAGCUUGGCUUGGGCUCAACGUUCCAGGAGGAGGAGGGCGUAUUUGGCCACGGCGGCGGCAUGGACGCCGCGCCAGAGGCGACGCCAGCCACCCCACCGACCAAGCCAGUGAAGGCGGAGCCAGGCGUGUGGAAGCGUAAGUUGAGCAGCGGUGGCGGACUUAUCAAUCUGUGCUCUCCGUCACCGAAGAGGGCCCGCGUGGACGCCAAGAAGUCUCGGGAGCAAGAGAAGGCCAAGCUUGACGGCUUGAUCUCGCCGUUCUCGGAUGGUUCGCGGUUCAGCUGCCGAACGCAUCGCGCGGCCCGCGCGAGCGGCGAGCUGGUUGCGAUGGGCAAGGCGCGGCCUGCUGCCAAGAGGGGCAAGGCCCGCGCUGCCGCGCAAUCUCGGGUUACAGCCAGGAGGCCAGCGGCGGCGCCCUCCGUCUUGAAGAAGCCAGCGGCUGCCGACCAGCUCGGCGCGCCCAAGAACGUGCCGUGCGUGCGCCGCGGGGCCCCGACCAAGAGGAUUCGCCAUGCGCAGGCCACGUGGGCGAGGUCCCUCAAGGACUUCGUGAACAUGCCCGCGAAGACCAUCAUCAACAAGCUGACGCGCGACAAGAUCCUCCCUGAUUGGAAGGGCGUCACGUGCCCCUAUUGCGGGGAAGGCACUCUUGGCCCUCUGAAGCACUACGCCGAUUCGAAUGGAGGGUGGGCCUACCGCUGCAACAGCAAGGAGUGCAAGCGCCGCGUGCUCCCGCGCGCUUUCCACCCCAUCUUCAAGUGCGGUACGGGGCAGUCGCACGUGAGCUUGGCAGAUCAAGCUUCUGUGCUCUUCUGCUCGAUUGCGAAAUGCUCGCAGACUUCCGUGCGUUUUCUCUUGCAGAAGAAUCAUAAGCUCACGGGGAGCAUCUACGAGUCCUUGCACGCGGUGCGCGCCAAGAGCGUGGUCCAGCACGAGAAGAACAUCAUGUUCGGCGCCGACUUGCCUUGGGCGGACGUAGAAGCCGACGAAGUGGACAUCGCCAAAGGAGAAGACCCCAACACAGACGCUGCGACUGACAAGCCUGUCAUCUGGGCGCAAUGGGGCGGCAUGGUUCAGCGCGGCGACCAGAAAUCCCUCGUCUUGUUCAAGCUGGACCCAGCGAAGACAAAGAGGCGGGCGCCAGGCCCAGGCCCGAUCCGCAAGCGCGAUUGGAAGCCUCUGGCCUACAAGUGGGUCCACAAGCGCAACAUCAUACUGCACACGGACGGGGCCAGGAGUUAUAAGCUGAAGCUCGAAGGGGUCAAGCAUGAUUGGGUUGUCCACGCCAAGAAGCGCGUCAUGGUCAAGGGUAAGUGGGUGUGGAUCAAGCCUAAGUUCACCAAGAUCACCCACCACGAUGUUCCAGAUGACAGCAAGCCCAACAAGACCAAGCGCGUUUGGGUUAAAGCUGGCACCCAGAUCAUCGACCGCAUCUGGGGCGAGCUGCGGAAACACUUAGGGAAUAAGAAGACAGUGAACACCAAGGCGCUGACCAACAAGAUCCGCUCCUACCAGUGGUUGUACUGGCACAGGGGCGAGGAUUUGUGGCUGGCAACAGGGAAGAUGCUGGAGGAGGCCUUCCUCAAGGAGCACUGCCAGUGA